GGGGGGUGAGAGUCAGACUGGCCUUAAUAACAAACUUGAUCUAAGAUGCUGUCUCUCUCCCACCCCAGCCUGAGACUGUUAGGCCACCUACCUUACACCAACACGACGAGAACUGUCAUAUCUUCAUCUAAGAGAUUUUAUACAUCAGUAAAUGAAGCAGCCAAUAAGAGACAUAAUGAUUUUGAAAAGAGAUUACCAGUCACUCCACUUCAUGGAUGGACCUUGGCUCAUGUGCAGAGGCUGAAGCAAGUUGUCCCAGGCAGCUGUCAUUAUUCAGAUACAUCCAGUAAAGAAAUGACACAACAAGAGAUCAAGAAGGCAGUUGAAUCUAUCUCAGAUAAAUUCACAGAAGCCAUGGAGUUAAUGAAUGAUGCAAGAUCAUCUGUAGGGACGGUCUACUUCUCUGAAGAUAUGGAAGACACACAAGCUCAUGUUAUGGAAACAAUGGACGACUACAGGACAUUGUUGGGGAAGCUAAAUGACAGUCAAAAACAAAGAGUUAUUCAGACUAUAGGGCUUAAGAUGGAAGAGCUGAAAACACAGAUGUCUCUGAUGGAAGACUUGGCUAAGGAGUGAACAUAAGUGUAUUGCACAAAUUUAUCAAUGUAACAAACUGACAUUCAGCCAUUGUAGUGAACUGAACGGCCGUUUAUUUUGGGCUACCAUGUGUUAUGAUGAUCUUUAUAACUAACAGUUUGUAUAAUACUUCUUCAUUCAGUACCAAUAUUGAAUUUCAGUGAAAAAUUUAAUAGGGCAGGAGCUGUAAUCCAGACUUGAAGUACUGAAUAUUGUACCGUCAGUCAAAGAUUCGUUCAAAUAAAUUUACUAAGAAAUUAUGUACAGUACGCUAACAGUUAUUGAUGCUUUUUGGGGGGGUCGCAUUCUUAUAUGACCGUCUCUGGUAUUGUCCGUCCAGAGGUGCGUUCUUUAACUUUUUCUUGUAUCAUCUGCCUAAAACCUACAAAAAUCUAUCCCCACCAAACUCUGUAGUUAUUAUCAUCUGCAACUAGAGGUGUGCCUAUGGCCAAGGUAUUUCAUUUUGAAUAUUUCUGCUAGUUGUGACGUCUUAUGUGAUUGAAAAUUAACUUGUGGCGAUGGAAUUUACUUACUCUAGUUUUGGCAGCUGUUCAAUCACAAGUAAGUGGGUGUUUGCUUUAGGUAAGAUUGUAUAUAAAACUUAUCAAGCACAAUAGUGUUAAUUUAUUUAAAAAUUAAUAUUACAACCAAAUUAUUUUGUUUUAAUUUGAAGAAAAGUACUGAUGUUAUUGCUAUUAAUAUCUACAAUGUCAUUCAAACAUGACUGUGCAACUUUGCUAAACAAACACCUGUAGAUGGGUGUUCAGUAAAUAUGUAACCUUGGAGAGCAAUGCUAUUAUUAUAACCAUGUCCCAUUCUUAGCAUGCAGUGUUCAGUACUUAUUGGUGGAGGAUGAAUUUACCCUUGAACGCUACAGAAAAUCCCAACAAAAUAAAGAGUACUCUACUGUACUUGCAUUGACUACCUAAAUCUAUGAAUUGUUAUUACGUGUCAUAUGAUAGUGUAGUAUGUAAAGGGUAAGGUGUUCUUCCAAUGGGGCAUGGCAAGACUUUAUCCACCUUAUCAUGUAGUAUGCAUGUUGCUUGAUGCAGCUACAAAGAACACAGAUAGUUAUGCAUUGUGCCUAUAUUAUUGAAACUUGAAUCCAGAAAUAUAAGGAUGUCAGUGCCAUGUGAUAAUCACUUCAACUAGCCACAGAAGGACUUGUCAAGUCUGUGGAAACUUCAAGACAAACUAUUCUCUGAUAAGGUCUUGGUGGGGAAUGUCCAGUGACUACUCAGUUUUUAUGAAAACCCAUUAACCAAGAUUAUAUCUCAAGCAGAUUUCAACCCUUAUACAGCACAGGGAUAUUGCAUGUAGACACAGACUCUGUGAGUCAAAAUUUACACUUACAGAAGGUCCUCAAUCCAUCUUGCUUUGGAAGGAGAUACAUUACUGUACAGUAAUGUACAGCAGCUGGCCCUGUGAACAAUGUAAUAAUUUUUCUCUUCUCCAAAGUAAUACAAUGAUUUGAUAUUGAGAAUUGUUUAAACACAUUUAUUGUUAAAUAUAAAAUAUACAUAACAAUUGUU